AUUGUCCGUUCUACCAGCUGAGCUGACGUUUCAUAAUCAGAUGAUUACGUAGAUUAUUUUGAUUUUUGAAUUUCAUUAAAGGUGUUGUCUGCUAUAGGUUAUAGUUGACGAAUAAUAUUUAUUUUAAAUUAUCAUGAAAUAUUUUGGACAGUUGAGUCUCUGUUAAUGAGUGUGUUAUUUGUGUUUUAACCUUCUAUAUAGACUAAUUUUGUUGGAAGUGUAAUAACUCAGAAAUAUGUCUGAUAAGGAUCAUGCUCCUCUGAGCCCCGCUUGUGUGAGAGCAUUGCAUGAAAAGCAAUAUGAGAAACGUAAAGCCGCUGCACAAGAAAUUGAGAAAAUGGUGAAGGAAUUCGUUGCCGUUAACAACACUACGCAGAUACGAAGAAUACUGAAGGUUCUAGGUCAGGACUUUGCAUUAUCACAAAACCAUAAUUCUCGAAAAGGCGCCCUAAUUGGCUUGGCUGCUGUUGCUAUAGCAUUGGGAAAGGACACAUCAGAUUACACAGAAGCCUUGAUCCGUCCUAUACUUGCCAAUUUCAGCGAACAAGACUCGAGGAUACGCUACUAUGCGUGCGAAUCGCUGUACAAUGUGGUGAAAGUGUCACGCGGGGCAGUGUUGCCACAUUUCACUGAAAUAUUCAGCGCACUCAGUCGAUUGGCUGCCGAUCCCGAUCAGACUGUUAAAAAUGCUCUCGAACUUCUCGAUCGUUUGAUGAAGGAUAUUGUGACGGAGAGCGCAACGUUUGACCUGGUGGGAUUCAUGCCUCUGCUCAGGGAACGCAUCUAUACAAGCAAUACAUUUUCUCGGCAGUUCCUGGUGUCAUGGCUUUCUGUGUUAGAUGCUGUGCCAGAUAUAGACUUGAUUCUCUUCCUUCCAGAAAUCCUGGAUGGUCUCUUCCAUAUUCUAGAGGACCCUACUUUUGAAAUAAAAAAAAUGUGUGAUACUGUGUUAUCAGAAUUUUUACGAAGCAUAAAACAAGAUCCAUCGAGAGUUGAUUUUCCAGCGAUGAUCAAUAUUCUAAUCAACCAUUCGCAAGCAUCAGAUGAACUCUUACAGUACACUGCGAUUGUUUGGAUCAAAGAAUUCGUUCAGUUAUCCAAGCAAGAGAUGUUACCAUACACGUCGGGAAUUCUGAUGGCAAUAUUUCCAUGCCUUUCCUACGAGAACGACUCAAGAAAAAAUAUAAAAGAAACUGCAAAAGAAGUGAACGUUAGUCUUCUAUCUCUUGUUAUUUUGGAAACAGAUUUCACCGACUCAUCCAAGCAGAAAGAAUCCAAGUUAGACCUAGAAUCUGUAGUUGAUGUUCUCACUAAAAAUCUGCUACACACAUCAGUGCAAACCAAGGUUGCAAUACUACAGUGGAUUUACCAGUUGUACACAAAACUGCCAAACAGGAUGAUGGAUCACGUGGAAUCAGUUUUUCCAGUUCUGUUGAAGGUGCUAUCCGAUUCUUCAGAUCAUGUGGUUCAGAACACACUGCAGGUGAUUGCGCAAAUAAUAACACUGCCCCAUCACUCCAAAUCUGGCGAUGCUGGUAGUGUGAAUACAGUUGAAGAGAAAGACUACUAUUUCAGAAAGUUUAUAAUUAGCUUAUUGAACCAAUUCAGCUGUAACAGGGUUUUACUAGAGGAGAGAGGAUCCUUCAUAAUCAGGCAUCUCUGUGUUAUUCUCAAUUCUGAGAGAAUCUAUUGUAUGCUGGCAGAAAUAUUACUGAAAGAGGAGAAUCUGAAAUUCACGAGCACCAUGAUAGAAGUGUUAAGCACCAUCCUACUCACAUCAUCAGAGCUCUUUGAGCUUAGAACAAAACUAAAAGAAUUCAAUACAGAGGAAAGUUGUAAUCUGUUCCUGUGUCUGUACAACCCAUGGUGUCACAACCCCAUUGCAACGAUCGCUCUGUGUCUUCUCACACAGAACUACGUCCAUGUCUGCGAUCUGAUUCGCGUCUUUGCUAGCAUGGAGAUAACUGUAGACUUGCUGAUUGAGAUUGAUAAACUAAUUCAACUAAUAGAAUCGCCAAUAUUCACAUAUGUGAGAUUGGAGUUAUUGGAAGUUCCCCACAACGGACCGCUUGUCAGAGCACUGUAUGGCCUUCUCAUGCUGUUACCACAGACGCCUGCCUUUCAUACGUUGCGCCAUCGGCUGGACUGCAUUCCCAAAUUACAACUUCAUGCUGGCAACAGUAAAAACUCAACGGCCAGGAGAGAAGAUGAUCGAAUCAAGUUUAAACAAGUGAAUUUCGAUAAACUUCUUGAACACUUCAUUAAAGUGCAGGAGAGACAUAGACAGAAGAAAAUAUCGACAAGGAGAGAAGAGCUGUACGAAAAAAGCAUCAAGUUUGUGGAAGCGUGAUUGUAUUUAAACCAAAGUUCAUAAGGUGUCUAGUAGUUUAUUUUACGCAGUAUAAGUUCAGGGUGAAGCCAAGGUACUUUAGUAUUCUUUAGCAAUUUAUUAAAAAAUCCUAACCGGAAUCUACCUUGAGCAUCGAAUAACAUUCGAGCCUGAAUUUAUCAUUCUGUUCGAAUACUAUGAUACCUUCAACCAACAAAAAAGUAAAAACUAAUUUUGCAUCAUUUGGAUAAUUUGUGACUCAUGUGUAUGACUUGAAUUCAGACGUUAAUCUAUCUUGCAAGAAAUACCUAUAUCGUCAGCUUUGUUAAGUUAAGUCUAAAUUUAGAAUCUUUGAAAUUAAUAAGCCUAACGGCUUUAUUUGUUGACACAAUUACCGAUUAGAAAUAAAUUUAAUUUGAACGAUUACAUUUCGACAUUUGAAAAUACUAAUUUUUGGGGACAAAAUUGUUGUUUUAGUCGAUAUAUUGGCGACUCCCUUUCAUUAAUAUAGUCCAACAAUAUAGAUUGGACUCUUCCAUGCGUGAAUGCAAACAAUCCAUAAGUAAUGUAACAUGAAUAUCAAAUGCAAGAUGAAUAUAAUUUGCAACUAUUGAAGCUGGUAAAGUACUCGUAUAUAUGUGGGUUACUGUUUACUGAUCGACAUAUUAAUGAUUUAUUUUUAUGCAAAAAUAUGUAGUUAUGUAGUAGCAUUAUUAAUAAAUAUAUAUUUAGUUAAUAGCAGCUACAAUAUGUGAACAUGUGCAAUCAUUUCUUCAUUUCUUGUAGGUUAUUAAAGAGAAACUUAAUUCUGAAAAUCAAUAUGUAAAAUUGGAAUAGAAAAGUUAGUAGAUGUUACAGUAACUAACUUUGUAAUCAUAACCAUGGCUAUAUAUUUACUGUAGUAGAUGUGAUUAAGAUCCGGUGUUCUGAUCAGUCAUUGUGUAAGCUGUAAGGUAUGACUUGAGCAGACUAAAUUAAUUCUCAAUUGAGAUAAUAAACAUGAACUUUCAAUAUUUUUAACUGGAAAGUACCUAAGUGAUUUAACAAGAAAUUUGAUGGAAUAAAUAAGUAUAAAAGAAAUUGUAAUUUCUUAAAGAAAAAUCGAUUUAGUAUUGAAUGAGAUGUAAAUUGUUGAAUGUUUAUUUUCUAAAACUAAUCUACAUUCCUGUAUAUUAAAUUUAAUCUGAUUAAUAUAGAAUAAUUAACAAUAAUUAUGUAAACUGCAGGAAAGACUGAAUAAAUCUGAAUCCAUUUUAAUGAA